CAGCAUUUAGAUUGUCAUUGGUGUUCGGAUAUGUAUCGUUUUUGAAUGAUCCCAAGGGAGCAGUGUUUGCUAGCCGACUCGCUAUAUUUUUAGUUACUGAGGAAUAAAAAUAAAUGAGUUUCUAGAUUAGAUUUGCAUUUCCGUAAAGUAUAUACGCUCAAGUUCAAUAUAACGCUCUGCACAUCCCAAAUCUUGCGUUGAAAUAGUGUGUUGAAUCUGCAGUGUGUGUAGUAGCCAGACUCGAUGUGUGACAUGCUUUCACCUUGAGAGUACAGCACCAGACUGGCCCGGGGGUGAGGAUGCCACACGAGAGGAUCGGCACUGACUCUAACACACAGACCGCUCCUGUAACCCUUGACGCAACUGAUCGCUGGAUGUUUCGCAGAAGACAGAGAACAUUAUUUCAUAUUUUACCGUCCUCACGAUCAAAUCAUUAUUUUAGAGAAAGACAACAUAACUAACAAUUUGCCAAUCUGAAAAAGUCAUAUCUGUGCAAAAUGAAUAUUAUAUCUGCCAUUAUCGUAUUUGAAAACCUCCAUGAAGUCAGGAGGCUCUGUCACUGGGGUCCGAUCAUUGCACUUACAGUCAUAGCUGUGUGCUCAUCUAUGGCCAUAUUAGACUCCAUUAUUUGGUACUGGCCCUUAGACACUACAAGUGGCAGCAUUAACUUCAUUAUGCUCAUCAACUGGACUGUCCUUAUUCUUUACAACUAUUUCAAUGCCAUGUUUGUCGGACCUGGGUAUAUUCCUUUAGAGUGGAAACCGGAAAAUCAGAAAGAUACUAUGUACUUACAGUUCUGUAGAGUGUGUGAAGGUUAUAAAGCCCCAAGAUCUCACCACUGCAGAAAGUGUAACAGGUGUGUGAUGAAGAUGGAUCACCAUUGUCCCUGGAUCAACAACUGCUGCGGGCAUCUAAAUCACGCCUACUUUACUACCUUCCUCCUCCUCGCCCCUCUGGGUUGCAUCCAUGCUGCUUUCAUUUUUAUUAUGACAAUGUACUCUCAGUUAUAUGACCGGAUUUCUUUUGGUUGGAGCUCAGUCAGGAUAGACAUGAGUGCUCCCAGACGUGUCCACCAUCCUAUAAUGCCAUUCAGCUUAUCAGUGUUUGCAGUCAAUCUCUUCGCUCUAGGAUUGGCAUUGGGCACAACCAUUGCUGUUGGCAUGCUGUUUUUUAUUCAGAUGAAAGUGAUUCUGCGAAACAAAACUUCAAUUGAAGUAUGGAUCGAGGAGAAGGCUAAAGACAGAAUCCAAUACUACCAAACAGAAGAGGAGUUUAUCUUCCCGUAUGACCUGGGAAGUCGCUGGGAGAACUUUAAACAGGUGUUCACGUGGUCUGGUACUCCAGAGGGAGAUGGUACUGAAUGGCCCGUAAAUGACAAAUGCCACCAGCACACACUAACUAUUGAGCAGCUGAAGCAGAAAGCUGACAAGCGUGUAAGAAGCGUGCAGUACAGAGUUGUAGAGGAUUAUAAUGGAGCAUGGUGUCCACUAGGGAAGGGGAUAAAUACGUUCUUUAGAUCACCUUGCACUGAAGAACCCAGGAUCAAACUCACAAAAGGGGAAACCAUCUUUGCCACAAGAGGAACCAAAUGGUGGAUGUACGGGGACAAAGUCCUGGAUGAGGAGCAAACCAAAGCUGGACUCCGUGUUAGAGGGUGGUUUCCACGUCGCUGUGUGGAAAAGUGCCACUAUGACUCUGCAACUAAUACUCCAGCAUGCGAACAAAAGAAAGACAAAUAAGACACCUGGGUGUGUUUUACUGUUUGACUUGCACUCUGAGCGAAAAGAAAAUCAUUCCUCAAGACUUCUGUGGAUGGUUGAUGUUAUGGUGGUAUCUUUCCAAAUGGGUUUUACAUAGCAUGGGAAACCAUACACUGGAAAGUUCUAAACAUAUCCUUUUAUGGUCACCUUAAAACACUGAAAACUGAAAAUUCAUAUUUUUAGACGGAAGUCUGAUUCCAGUAACUUGUUCAGUCCUGUGCUGGACUUCUGUUCCUGGAUAAUCCAGACAUGAACAACUAUAACUGUCCAAACCAGCAAAUUCUGCUUCUUCAUAUAAAUUUGUGUACAUUUGUAACAUUUCCAAAGAGAAUAAAAAUUACAUAAGGCACAGAGGGAAUUAUUCCUAAGGUAAUAAACCGGGGGCUUGUAAGCAUUCCUUCUUGGGAGUUAAGCAAACUGGUACUUGAAUAUAAUGUUCUCUCUCUCUCUCUCUCUCUCUCUCUCUUCUCUCUCUUCUCUCUCUCUCUGAUGUCCAAGCCGUUUAUGCAAUGCCUUUGCCAGCUGUAUCAAGUUCUUAGUCAUGCAAAUACUCUGUAUUCUUUGUACAGAAAACAAUUUUGAUUUUAUUUUUGAUUAUUUUUGUAAGAAUGAUGUGAACCUUACAAUAGAGAAGUAAAUGUUUCUGCUCUGUA